AUGCAAAGGAAACAGACGACCGACACACACAGAGGCAGGUCCAACGGCCGUGCCCGUCUUCUGCUCUCCAAGGGCAAGUCGUGCUACCGUCCUCGCCGCAAGGGUGAGCGCAAGCGCAAGUCGGUGCGCGGCUGCAUCGUCGGCCCGGACCUUUCGGUGCUUAACCUGGUGGUCGUCAAGGCCGGCGAGGCUGACGUCCCCGGCCUCACUGACGUGCAGAUCCCGCGUCGUCUUGGCCCCAAGCGUGCCUCGAACAUCCGCAAGUUGUUCAACCUGACCAAGGAGGACGACGUGCGCAAACACGAGCUCCGUUGCCGUCUCCUGUACAGUGAAGAAUACUCUGCGAUGGAGGGUGCAGAGGCAGUGGGAAAUGACGCUGCCCCACCACAUCCCAGCCCUGAAGUGAUCGUCAUCAGUGACGACGACGUGAGUGAAGAUAAUGAGGAAGUUCCGAUCACCAACGACUUGAAGCCAUUCUCGUGGACUGAUGUGGCAGACAGACUGUUGACGCUGGCCAAGAAUCGCGAGCUGCGCGACGACCAACAAGCACUGGGAACACUGCUGCACGAUCUCGGCAUUCCGCCAUCAAUUGUGGUGCGGCGUUCACUGCGAGCAACGAGCGAGAAGUUAGGAGAGCUACUGACGCUAUUACAUGGACACGAUCGACGGUUCCGGGCAAGUGAAGAUCUGGUAAUGGUAGUGUGCGAGGUGCUGAGUUUAGCACAAACCGCGCCAUACCAGACACAGGCGAAGCAAGAGCACUGGAAGGAGGAAAGCGCUCUCGUAGCUGGUGACAACUACGCUAUCGAUCAGUUGUAUCAGCUAAUGGAUCAUUGGCAGUCACUUGUCGUAGAACUUGCACGCUUCAGCGAAUACAGAGCGUGUGUAGUGGGUGUUAUCAUGUCAAGGUUGGAAAAGAUGAGUGCUCACUGCGCACGCGAGAUUGAGAACAUCCAAGAUGCAAUGGUGAAGUAUGAAAAUGAAAUGCAGAGUGCAGCAGAGAGGUUUGUAGCAAUUAUGGCCGAUUGCCGGGCUGAAACAGAGAAGCAGUGGUUUGACGCUGACGAGCUGGAGUUGAGAGUGUUUGAAGAUACGUACAACAAGACCAGUGACGAGCAGUCCACAUAUUACGAGAACUGCAAGGCACUCAAUUCUUUGGAACACCGUGCACUUGAAUUGGAAUUACGGCGAAAUUUUUUUCAGGCCGCACUAACGCAAGUGUGUGUUACUACGCAGCUAGUGGCUGCUCACGACAACGACGAGCUUUUGGAAACGACUACAGGAGAGCGGAUCAACGCACUGGGCAGCGAUAUAUUAGAAAAUAUGGAUAAUUUCUGCGAAGCCCUGAAAGCCAUCACGGCACUCAACAUACAUGGGCAGAGUGAUCUCGUUGGAUCAUCACAAGAAGUGGAUUUUGCGAGGUCUACCGAGCAGGAGCAUCGUCCAGAACUCUUACGUUUUGCGAAGCAUCUCGAACAAUUUUGGCUCAUUCACCAAAACUGGUUGCCACCAAUGCUGCUGGAUGUGGUCAUCGAAAGAUUUGAUAUGCUAUCCGAGUCGAAUGGGCAUUCAACUUGUCCUGUAGCCAACGCUAUAUCCCGAGUUUGUGGCAGCCUUCGAGCAGGUUACUCGAAAUAG